UACGAGGUUGAGCGUAACGUGCGCUCAGACCAACAAACUGAUUCACUUAAACAUUCAUUUCGCUUGUAGACUGCGAACACGAAUGAACACAAAAUUCAUUUGAAACCCCACAAAAAGUUUAUUUUUCGAAUAAGUUUUUCAUUUUCGUACCAUUCGGCGUCUAAACAAUUCAAAUUGGCUUUUUUCUGUUUAAGAUUUAAUUUAUAAACAGAAAAGUUUGUUUUUACUUCGUGUCAUUGUUGUUUGGUUGCCUUGUUUUUGUUCCACAAUCAGAUUGUGUGUUUCAUUCGGCAUUUUUGUUUGCUUUUGAAGUGGUCGGCCUGUGUACACCUUUUGUGCGAAAACAAAAAAAAAGGAAAUUGUGUGGACAUGUGUGUAUGAAGCCAGUACCAUACAAUCUGAGUGUAUAAAUAUUCCAUAAUUAUUGUUAAACGAAAGUGUCAUCGUUCGACUUGCAAACGAACGAUUCCGAGCCAGACGCUUCGACGAUUGCGUGUGAAAUUCCCCCCGCGCGCGCCAACGUUUAGAACAUUUUUUUAACGUAACAAAGCCAUUCAAUUGAAGGCAAAGUGUGUAUACUUUUCUUUUUCUGUUUUGGGACAGAGAAAUAAAGCCGAAGUUUUAUUUCCGAACCUUAUGGAAAAUCGAGAGUGAACUGUGUACUGUGAUGACUUCACCCGAUGAUUAGAACGACGAUUGAAACGAAAGAAAAGGAGAGUGAACAGCAGAAAUAAAGAAAAAGAAUGAACACACGGUGCUGCCUGUGUGAAUUUCGUUAGAUUUUGUAAAUAUUACGUGUGACUAAGCCAUACGUUACAUAAGCAUGUUAUGUAUUUAUAUCUAGAAUGAACGAUAGAAGCAAAGUGUACAGCCAUGUGGUUCAUGUUUUAAUUCCAUUCUAGUUGGUUGGAAACCGUGUAUUGUAACAAAACGCCGCCGAUGGAAACGAAUCAAUGAAAUCACAGAAAUUAAGUGCGAAACGACAACGACUUUUUCACCAACAGAUAAAAAGAACUGACGGCAGCGGUGACAGAGUGAAUCGUACAUUCAUGCAAGAGAAACACACGACAGAAGAAAAAAAACAGUAUGCGAGAGAGAGAGAAUAGCAGCAGCAAACAUCAACUUGUGAAUAAAACAAGCAAGAGAAUUUAAAAAAAAGUCGGCUUUCGCUCUCAAAAGCAGAGAAAAAAACUCAGAAAUAUUGUUGUGUGUCGCAUCGUACCCGCCGUACACACAGUUCUAUACUCGGUGUACACUCUCAUGAAACAAAUCAAGAACAGUGCUUACGUGAUACGGAGCUUAAACGAAGACGAAUGAGAAAAUAUCGCGACAUUUAUGUAAUAUAAUAAUUUUUUUUUCUCGAUUCGAUUCGGUUUUCGAGCAAAGAAAAUAAAAAGAAGAAGAAGAAGAAGUGAGAAAAAGAGCGUCACACACAUACACACAACGCACAAAAUAAAAUAAAGAAACGAAAAAGAAGAAGAAAAAACGACAAUAAAGAGACGGCAACGCGAUACGCAACGCAAUCACGUAAUGAAUGAUUGAACAACAGUUCGUUCAGUUUUCCUGUGAACAUUGAAAAUGCACUUAAACGAGCAGUGAGUAACUUGGCGUCAGAAUCAAUUGUAAACAAAUGAGAAGAUUCUCAAAGCCUCGACUGUACAAGGAACAUCGUCGGGCCUUAGCAUUUUAUUUCAACCGCGAAUUCGAUCCGAAACCUUCAAAACCACGCUUGGACGCGUAAUCUUUUGAGAGGUAGAGCGAAAUCAAACGAGCGAACACAGUGAAUAGACUUCUCAUGAAAAUAAUAUCGGUAUUUUUCAAAGAACCGAAAAAGAGGCGUUUUUGCCAGACAUUGUGUAAAUAAUAUUUGACAACGGCUACGGUGAAUUCUAAUCAGUGCAACGCCGAAAUUCGGAGCAAGAACGGUUUUUUUUUCUUUCUAACUAAAAAUCCAUGUGAACGAUUAUAUAAAACAAAACAUUACUACAUCGAAAAAAAAAAUAGUCCGAAAUUCAGAAGCUUAAAGUGUUAAUAUAGUUGGGCACCGUUUUAGCGUUGGUCACCAACACAAGCCGACACAUACACAACAACAAAAAGCAGAAGAAGAAGAGAAAAAAAAACCGAAACAUAUACAACGAAGAAGCCAUGUGUGUUAUAUGAAUACUUGUAAUUGAAUGUAUAAAUCCGUGGAAUAAACCGAACCGUAUACUGUGUUUAUGUAACGAAUUUGGAACAAGCAACUUGUUGUAUUGAGAACAACGACAGUUACAGUAACAUCCAAACAGUGAAAAGACUAAAUCCAAAUUUGUAUCGUACGACGACCAAAAACUAUAGAAAAAGAAGAAGAAAAAAAGUUCUGACUUUUUGGAAGUUAUAAACCAUGUGUUAUUUUUGUUGAUUUAUUCUGUUGGGGUAUUCUUGGUGUGCAUUGAAUCGUUUGGAAUCACAUACGUGUGUGCCGAGUGAAUGAGACAGAGCACAUCGCACCUGCGAUAGCAGUUCUUGUUUACAACGUUAUUUUUUCUGUUGUUUUUCUAUCUUCAAACGUUGACUCAGUGUGACGAAAUAUAAAAUAAAUGGCGAACAAAUCGGCUGAUUGAACCGUGUUUUUUUUCUGUGUCGGUUGCUGUUCUGAGUCGAGAAAAACAACAACGACGGAGAAGAAAGGAAAAAAAAAUCUGAAAAUUCUAUAUAGUGUUGCUUUUGCCAUGAGAAUCAGUUGUGGUGGUGUUAGUGCUUGUGUGGACGCGCGAUUUUGAAUUUUCUCGCUCUCUUGUAGUUGGGCACAGCCAACGUGAAUGGUUACACAAUCAUCUGAUAUUUAUGUAAUGUUUAAGCGGGUUUAGUGUUGAACAGAGAGAAAGAGAGAAAGAAUAUAUAGUAGUGUUGCUGAAGCCAAGUGAUGAUGAUGAUGAAACCGCAUUGAAUUUAAAUUUUAAACUCGACUAACUGUGUGUUCUCGUCGUAACUUUUCCAGUUCUAUAUUAUGAUUGAGUGCAAGUCUCUUUUAUACAUGCUACGGACCUUAAACUCAUGAACUCGCCGAAGAUGUUUUAUUCAGAUGUUUGAAUAUCUGCAGAACGUAAACUGAUUCCCGUUCAAGGUGGUGUUAUUUUUUUUGCGUGCGUGUGUGUUACAGUGUUUGUAUUUUGUUUGAAUCACGACGACAACGGGUUUUUUUCUUCUCGCUAAAUCAAAUGUAUGAUCAAACAAAUAAACGAAAUAAUAAAAGAAGACGGAAGAAAAGGAACUAAAUAACAAAAAGAACUACUGUAUACUCACUCGUAUAUAUACAAAAAAACGUAGACAACGUAAACAAAUUUGUGGAUCAAUUUGAUCGAGAAAAAAAUGAAAUUUGCGUCAUCUUUUGUUUAUUUUUGCAAUGCUCAAUUGGGGUAGAAUUAAAAGAGGACGAGAGAUAGAUCAUUCCACACAUAUCGAAUGAAGGUUUUGGUGCGACGCAAUUUCUUCAAAAAUAAAAGACGGAAUUCAUCGAACUGACACAAUUUUGGUGUGUGUACGUUAAAUAAAGAUAGAAAGAGAAGCGAGUGAGCGAGUGAGAACAAUCGAGUUGUCCAUAGACGAAUUUUGUGGCGUGAUUUGAAACAAACUAAAAUAUGGCCAAUAACAUUCAUGAAUUGGCCCAAGAAGCAUUCGAUAGCGGAAACUAUCAACUAGCAUUGGAACUGUUUGGGCACAUUCUUCAUUUCUCCGAUAAAUAUGCGGCAUCAGCAAAAUCGUUGAUCUCAAUUGAUACGUACAUCGGGUAUGGUGAUUCGUUAGCACGUUGCGGUCACAUUCGCGAAAGUUUUAAUGUGUUUGCAUUCAUCUGUAGUAAGCUCGGUUAUUCGGUGCCAGUUCAUAAGUUGAAGCACUUGACAAUCGGCCUUUUGGAGAGUGUUACCUCAUCAUCGGUAUCGCCCGAAGCGCGUCAGCGCCAAUUAUCCGAAACGCAGCUGCCACAAAAACAUCUGCUGCAUAAGCAAUAUCAACAGCAGCAACAGCAACAGCAACAGCAACAGCAGCAACCGUUACCAUUAGCUCCCCUUACGCAAAGUGAUUCUAGUGAAUGUGCCAAAUUUGUAUUACAUGAGUGCUCGCAACAAAGAACGAAAUACAUAAGUCCGUAUGCGAGCAACAACAAAAACCACAGGGACAUUGGAAUGAAACCAAUCGAAAAUGAAACCAAUAUGAAUCGAACUCAAUUUGUGUACGAUCAUGAAUCGGCUCAGGAAUAUGACAAAUGCGAUUGCAAAAAGUCGCAUGCAAUGGGCCCAAUGUGCUCCACUGAUCCAACAAUGGCCAAUAUUGUGAAACUGGAUGGUGGCAAAGAGGCCAAACGACGAAUUAAUAGUGGUAGUGCUGUUGGUAGUGGCGGCGGCGGUGGUGGUAGUGGUGGUGAAAUGAAUAACGGAAAUGGCUACUGCAAUUCCGAGUGUUCGAUGUUUUUAGACAAUAGAUGUAAUAGUAAAACAGUUAGCAAUGUACACGAAACGGAUCCUUUAUUAUGUCCAAUGUGUGCACAUGUGUUAGUCUACCCGGUAACAAUGAACUGUGGACACACCUUUUGCCGCGACUGUGUUCACAACGAAACACAAUGUCAAGUCUGCGAUAAACGGUUUCUCGUGUACGGCGAUGCUUUGAAACAAGAUGUACUAAUUACCCGUUUGGUGGAAAAGUGGUGGAUGCCGCAAAUACAAGCCGAAACGGUAAAUGAAACAACACAAACGUUGCUCCGACAAAAUGCACUGGACGAGGCGCUGAAAUCAUGCAAUGACGCUCUUGAGAAAUGUCCAAAAAAUUACAAUGGUCUCUUAUUGCGUGCUGAAGUGUUAUAUCGAUUGGGACAUUUCCGAAGCUCAUUGGCUGAUGCUGAGAAUGCGAUUAAAUGUCGACCAACUUCGUACAAUGCAUACCUAUAUCGGGCAUUGACUUUUGCAGCAUUAGGCUUAACUGAUGAAGCCAUCAUAUCGUACUGUUUGUCGAUUCAUUUUAAUCGGACUUUGACGGCUCUCUCAAAAUCAAAUCGAUUGGAAGUGGCAAAGUUGCUGCAAAAGUUUCUGAUGAAUUGCAAUUUACCAACGAAAUCAUCGUCAGUGCAUGAAUAUUUGAAUCGAUGCCAUUUGCGUACGUUAAAGCAUUUCCCUCAAUUGUACAACGAUAAGUGCUUUCAAUCAGUGGAUGCAUUGGAAUACGACGAUGAUUGUCUCGGCGAUUUCAAUGGUUCGGGCGAGAAGGUGAAGGGCAGCAUGCAAACGAAAUUCCGUCAUUCGGAGCGAGAAAAUUACUGUUAUCCAUAUAAAAAGUCGUUAAAAAUUUUGAAAGCCUCUAAGCGAUUUCGACGAAAGCAUUACAACACCGAGAAUGGCGAAAAAUUGCAGGAAAUCGUUUAUCUAAAUCAAUUGGCCAACACAAUGUUCACAAAUGAAUCCCAUGUUGUUAGCCCCACUGGCGUAUCAAAUAUGGACAAGCGCAUUUCAAAGCUUUUGGAUCAAAUACAAUAUGAAAUUUUCAAAGCCAAACAAGCUCCGACUAUGUUGCUCGAUGUACAGCCAUCGCUAAUAGAUUUAUCCGAUUUUGAUUGUGUACUGUGCUAUCGGACACUGUGGAAGCCGGUGGUAACACCCUGCGGUCAUACGUAUUGCAUGGUAUGCCUGGAUCGAUGUUUAGACUAUUCGUCGUGCUGUCCAUUAUGCAAGACAUCGUUAGUGGAAGACUAUGCCGUUAAUCGCAAUAAUAGCUCAAUUCGUAGUAGUACAUCACCUUCAGGGACCAAUUAUAGUUUAGCAUCUUAUGCGUCUUCGAAAAAGACCGUAACACGUUUUAUCGAGUGCGCGAUGCAACGGUUCAUCCCGUUGACCUAUCGCAAGCGUCAAUUGCAGGAAAUCGAAAGAGAACCAUCGGUGCCGGUUUUCAUAUGCACAACCGCCUAUCCAAAUGUACCGUGCCCAUUGUAUGUGUAUGAGCCACGGCAUCGUCUAAUGAUCCGGCGUGUCAUUGAAAGUGGCCAACGACAGUUUGGCAUCGUACAACCGCAUGCCAAUGGUGGCUAUUCCGAUUUUGGCACCAUUUUAAAUAUCCAAGACUGUGUGCUGCUCGGCAACGGAUGCUCCAUUCUCAGCACGAUCGGUUACAAACGGUUCCGUGUGAUUGAACGCAAUGAAAAAGAUGGCUACGACACUGCCAAAGUCGAAUACAUUUGUGACGAAGCAAUUAGCGAAGAACGUUUAGACGUUGUCAAAUUGAUUAACGAGACGAUUUACAAAAAGGCCAUCGAUUGGUACAACAGUUUACCUUCACACAUUCACACCGAAAUCCAUAAAAGUUUCGGUUCAAUGCCAAGAAAUGAAAAGAAUUUGGAAUCCAUCAGCGAUGGUCCAUCGUGGGCUUGGUACAUCAUAGCGCUGUUGCCACUCAAUCAAAACCUCAAGGUGGAGAUUUUGGCAACGACCGAUCUGGAAAAGCGGUUACGAGCUAUCGAUAAAACAUUAGAAUUCGUUGCCGCUCAACAGAGACGAUCCGUAUGCGUUGUAUCGUGUGAAGGAUUAACCACUUGCCAAACGGUGGAUUGUUGUAUGCGUGCUACCCCAUCAUCAAAUCAGCUAAAUGAUGGACUACAAUCGAAUGCCACGCAAAGCCAAGUUACUGAUUUUAUAUUAUAACAAAAUGAUAAACCAAAUCAAGACGUUUAUGCACCGACAUCGUUCGAUCCAUCGUAUCCGAUGCCGAACACACACUUAAUCGAUAUUUCAUGGGCACUACACAGUUUAAAUGAGCUCCGUUGGUGAUUUUCAAUUUGGCUGUCGCAUCGAUCGAAAUCGGCCUCGAAAAUAAUUCCGUAACAAUGACGGAAAUAACACGUCAUCAACAACAACAAAAAAACUCUUUCGAUCGAAAUAAGAAAUUUCCUUAGCGCACGGAGAACGGACAAUCAUUGAACCAAUUUCAACAUAAUUCACACUUUUUUCGCACACAAUAAUACCAACAUCACGAAUAUAAACAAUUUCGAAAUUUAAAAUUUAAAACUGAUAUCACAUUCGAUAAGCAUUAAAUCAAUCAAAAAAAAACAAACUAUAUUAUAUAUUCAGAUCGCAACAAUUAAUCCUUUUAUAAGUGAUGCAUUUCUUAUACAUGUGAAAAACAGAAUAAUAUGUAAAUUUUGUGUUUGAUGUGUCUCACAUGGGAUAUUUCCAGAAAAAAAAAAACAAAAAUCAAUUAAAAAGAAGAAAAACAAACUAGGACACAUUGCUCUCCAACAUUUGUCACGGUUUCAAAAAGCAGCAUGUGAAUUUAUCAAAUGGCCGAAAGUCGAGUGGCUCAUCAAAUGAACCCUCUCGUGGCUUGCGGUGCAGAAGAAGAUUUUUUCGGAAAAGGCAAUUAAUACUGAUGAAACUUAACCUAAGACAAUCAUUCCAAUCCUUAGCCCUUCAGAAGAGAGAAAAAAAACAAGAUUUUUUCGUUUGUUCAAUUGAAAGCCUUUUCAACCGAAGCAUAUUACGUAAACCAACUCGGGAAAUUCACAAGGCGUCAUUAUUUCUAUUGAUUGUGAAAAGCAUUAUUUUUAUAUGGAAAAAAAAAAUGUCGCUCCGAAUAUCUUAUCGUUUCUGUUGGCCAAGCAAAAAAAUGGAUUUUUCAAUUUCAGGCCAAUUUGAAGGGUCUUUAUCAAAUCGAAUGGAUUUUUGUUCUCAAGCCAUCAGUAACGUGUCGACUGAUGAAUGAAUCAAUUUCACAGUUUCUUUAUCACCCCACUUAAAUCAAAUACGGAGUCUAAAUAUUUGAAUCUACCCGUUUUUUUCUUUCUCAUUUAAACUAAAAUUAAAUAAAUCCAAUGUAGUUGAAAACAACAAAUUUCCACUUUUAUCUCUCCAUCAGUCAAAACACAAUUCUUCCGUUCGUCACUUGACUCGAAAUUUGAAUGUUAACAAAAUGAAAAAAAGGAGAAAAAAAAAACGAAAAAAUGAAGCAACACACAGAACCAGAAUAAUAAUAAAAACAAAACAGAAAAAAAAUGAUCAUAUACACCUCGGAACUAUUUAGGACCUAUUUAGCUGGUUACAUAAAAUGUCUCUGUUAAAUAAGUGAAAUAUAUACCGUAGACCAUUUGUAAGCUGUAGCUAAACUCCUCACACAGUAAUUAUACAAUUUAGCCGAUAAUGGAAAAA